AUGUCGUGGCAGACUUACGUUGACGAUCACUUGAUGUGCGAUGUUGAAGGCAGCCGCCUCACCGCCGCCGCAAUUCUCGGCCAAGACGGUAGCGUCUGGGCUCAGAGCGCAAAUUUCCCCCAGUUGAAGCCUGAGGAAAUCACUGGCAUCAACACCGAUUUUAACGAGCCUGGAACGCUUGCCCCAACUGGAUUGUUCAUCGGUGGCACUAAGUACAUGGUCAUCCAAGGAGAGCCCAAUGCUGUCAUUCGUGGGAAGAAGGGAGCUGGUGGUGUUACAAUCAAGAAGACCACCCAAGCCUUGGUCUUUGGUAUCUAUGAAGAGCCAAUGACUCCUGGUCAGUGCAAUAUGGUUGUGGAGAGGCUCGGUGACUACCUGAUUGAAUCAGGGCUCUGA